AUGGCUGGCUCCAGUACCACCGCGACACCCCCGAAUGUUGACUGGGAAACAUGGUCUAUAGGCCACAAGAUCUUCCAUGAGCAGCGCUGGCAACAGAUUCUGGAUAGCCAGGAUGAAGACUUUAAACGCGCCAACCUCAGAUUCCUGAGACUAGAGGUGUCUUCCACGGACACGUCUGACCUUUUCCAUUUAGCGACAAAGGUCACUGGUGACUUGAGAAAAUACGUGCAAUACAUCUGGCUGAACAUAGCAUUCCAUGAAUGCAAAGGUGAACGCCAGCCUGAUGAGGCGGAACCAGAUGAUAAGGCGGAACCUGAUGACGAGGCGGAAUCAGACGAUGAGGCGGAACCAGACGAUGAGACGGAAUCAGACGAUGAGACGGACAGACGGCACAAGAAAGUGUUGAGAGAAGCCAUCCUACAGCUUUUUCGCGCCUUGGAAGAUUGGAAAGCGCCCGGUCCAAACGGAAAAGGCAUUGCGAUCGAACUUAGCGCACAGUCGUUUUCUUACAAGGCGCACUUCAACUUCGACAAGUCAUAUUUUGGGUCGCGUGACGAAGUAGGGGCUCAACUAGACCCUGAAGUUGGACAUCAGGAGCUUGACAAAUCGGCUUUUCCGGACUACACGAAGCGUAUUCACAAAAAUAUGACUUUCCGUUUUCCUCUGAAGGAUUUUCCUACGCUUCCAGCAGUCACCAACAAGGACUCAAGUUCAUGCAUUAUCCCAUUCAUCACUGACUUUUAUCGUUUAGAAGACGGUUUGUUACUGUCGAAGCUGCCAGAAACAAUCACAGACGUAUCUGUGUAUGAGGACAACAACGAGUCCUACGCCCAGAGGAUUGCCGGUGUUGACCGCCUUCUUCGUGUCCCCAACGCUUCCCUCGGAAUACAGCUUGCUGAGGCAAGCCAAAAUCUCACAAAAUUAUCCGUCGCAUUCAUGGUCGAAGCUGAAGACUUUUUUGACGAGUGCUGCGGAAAAGAGGCCUUCCGAUGGCCACAUCUGGACUCUCUUGCACUGACGUCGCGGCUACUCGCACGCGACGAUGACAAGGCGAUAUUGGAGAUGCUGAAGAAGGCCGCAAGGGUUGCUGAACGCAUGGUUAACCUCAAAACUAUGGCGAUAUGGUUUGGCACCGAACAUACAGCUUGUUGUUUCGCAUACCACCUACGCAGCGGACACAGUCGCAUUACCUGGCAAGGCACUAAGUCUUUGGUAGAUGAUACCAAGCUGAUUCGGCUCUGGACAAUUGUAGCCUGGAAACAAGAUGCCUCUUUCGACGGUUUCGUGCAGGAGGGUUUGUCGGACAUAGGUUGGAAACUGAAUAGUACAUACUUUGCGGGCUUAGCAGGGCAGUUGAACUCAGCUCGGGAGCUCAAAUCUCAUGGGCAUGCGGCGUUCCUCUUUGGGGAUACCUUGCCCGCCGAUGUCAUUGAUCCGCUCUCUCUGUGGCAGAUGCAGCAGGAAGCUCGCGUGUUGUGA